CAUAUGGCCGGCUAUGGGGAAACGUGUGGGAAACGAAUCCGUGCGCGUUCGAGACCUCAUCAUCACGAAACAGAAACAGGCCGACAAUUCACUUUUCUUUGCCAAGAUCCUGCUUAUUAAUUCAAAUUUGUUCUUUUCCCUGAAUAUCCAAAGAUACCGGAGUAGAUAUGGAUGAGACCUACGAUGUUAUUGUGCUUGGCACAGGUCUGAAGGAAAGUGUGCUAAGUGGACUUAUGUCUGUGAAUGGCAAGAAAGUUCUUCAUCUUGAUAAGAACAAGUAUUAUGGUGGUGAAAGCGCAUCUCUUACUCCCCUCACUGAAUUGUUCAAACACUGUAAUAGGGAGGCUGAAGAUAUUCCUGAGAGUAUGGGGAGAGGUAGAGACUGGAACGUUGAUCUCAUCCCGAAAUUUCUCAUGGCAACAGGUAAGCUGGUGACCGUACUGAUUAAUUCUGGAGUGACUCGUUACCUUGAAUUCAAGUCUGUAGAAGGGAGCUAUGUCUUCAAGAAGGGAAAGGUCCACAAGGUACCAGCUACAGAAAAGGAAGCAAUCUCAUCUUCUUUGUUUGGUUUGGUGGAGAAGACCAAAUUCCAAGCAUUCUUGAAGUACAUUGUUGAAUUCAACCCUGAUGAUUUGAAAGAUGAGGUUGAUCCAGAGAAGACCACUGCAAAGGAACUCUACAAAAGAUUUGACUUAGAUGAAUCUACCAUUGAUUUCACUGGUCAUGCCAUAGCUCUUUAUAGAGAUGACAGCUAUCUAAAUGAACCAUGUGGGAAGACUAUAAAGAGGAUCAAACUGUACUCUGAAAGCCUUGCCCGUUAUGGCAAGUCACCAUACCUCUAUCCAAUGUAUGGUCUUGGAGAGUUACCACAAGGAUUUGCUAGACUGUCUGCUAUCUACGGUGGUACCUACAUGCUAGAUAAACCAAUAGAUGAGAUUGUAGUGGAUCAAGAUGGAAAGGUUACAGGAGUAAAGUCUGGUGAUGAGACUGCCAAGUGCAGCAUGGUGAUUGGAGAUCCUACAUACUUUCCUGAAAGAGUUAAGAAGGCUGGACAGGUUGUUCGUGCCAUCUGUUUAUUGGAUCACCCUGUACCUAACACCUCUGAAGCAGCUUCUUGUCAGAUUAUUAUCCCUCAGAGCCAGGUUAAUCGCAAAUCUGAUAUCUAUGUACUGGUGGUAUCCCAUGCCCAUCAUGUUGCUACAAAGGGACAUUACAUUGCUCUAGUUGCUACCACAGUUGAGACAGACAACCCUGAAGAUGAGUUAGCCCCUGGAUUAGAUCUUCUUGGUCCUAUCAUUAAGAAGUUUGUAUCCGUCUCUGACAUGUAUGAACCAAACGAUGAUGGAAAAGAGAACAAGAUCUUCAUAUCUUGCUCCUAUGAUGCUACUACACAUUUUGAGACAGUCCUUGAUGAUAUCCAAGAUAUAUAUCUUAGAGCUACAGGAGAACCAAUAGACUUCUCUAAGGUUCAACAUGAUCUUGAAAUCAGCAAAGAUUCUCAAUAAGCUGUGCACCAUAGUCACAUCUAGUCCACUAUCUCCUGUGAGAGAGUUUAGAGGCUGUGUGUACAAGAGAAGCAAGCCAUGUUAUUAUUUAAGUAUGUUGCAAAUCACUAUUUAAAGUGCAGCCAUAAGAUGUGUACUUAAAGUCAACUUGUAAUUUUGAAUUGAUCAAAUGGUGUGACAUAUGAUUGCAUUAAACAUGUAAAAAUAUGUAGGAUAAUUCUUUCCUUCAAUCAUUGGAUGUUCAGGUGUGAGGUUAGAUACUAACUAAAAAAAAAUCUUCAAAUUAGUGAAAUGUUUACAUUCCACAAAUUUUAUUUGUACAUUUAGAAGUUCAACUUCAGAUUUUUUUUUCUUAUUCCAGCUGUAAUUGUAAACCAAUCAUGCUUCCUAUUGCCAGUGAUAAGUUGUACAGAAGUAAUGAAUGAUGAUGUAUACUACUACUUUAAUGAGUUAUGCCUUUCAUAUUCUUAAUGUGUAUAUUGCAACUGAUUAGACGUAGACAAAAAUACACUUUACAUAAGUGUACAUGUUAGUGUGAAAAGUGAGCAAAGACAUUAUUUGUUUUUGCUAAUUUUAUUUAUUGCAUAAUAUACCAAAAUGAGAUGAUUAAUAUAUUAAUGGAAGAUAUAUUAUUAGAUUAGAUUUUCAAGCCUGAAUUUUUGAACUCUUAUAAAGUAUUUGUUAAGUCAAGAGAGCAUAAUAGUGUACAUGUAGAUCUAGCUGUUCAUUUUUAUCCUAGGUGUAAAUUUUAAAAAAAUUAUGUGCUUUGCUUGCAAGUAAUGAGUAAUCCUAAUAUGAAAUACCUAAAACUGAUGUCUAUCACUUUCGAUUAUAUAGUACAUAUAUCCUUGACAUUCUUAUCAAGGUUUGUAUCAUUCAUUUAAAGAGAAAGUCAUUCAUGAAUAAUGAAUGCUAAAAACUACUUAUCUUGAACGUCAAAGAUAGUUCAGCUCUUGCCAUUGUUGUUCAAAGACAAAAAGUGUUAAGAAAUAUUGCAAUUAUUAUUCCCGUUCAAAUUGAUGGCAUUUGAAGCUUGAACAUUGUGUAACCUGUGAGUUGUUGCAUUGCAUUUAUGUUGUAAUGUAUCCAGUGUUAAUGUGCUUUUGAUAGUAGGAUAUGUAGAAUGUCUUGUUCUUUACUUGCAAGUGAGUUUUCUGAAAAUGAUGUGCAACUGAAACCCUAUACUGUAUCCUUCAUGUUAUGCUUGAAGAUAGUGUGUGAAUCAAAUAAUGGAGAAAGAAAUUUUGAUUUGGAUUGAAUUUUGGAGGGGAAAAAGGAAAAUUGGACUUAAGUGUUGGCUUUAAUUUCAUAUAUCUACUGUAUGUUCUAUAUUUUAUUUGUUUGUUGCAUACACCAUUCUGAGUGGAUAAAGAGCUUAAUGAAUUUCAUUAAUCAUUAUUACUUUAAAGUUAUUAUGAUCUUUGAAAUGAAAGUCAUUCAUCUUGUAACAAUGUUCUGAGGAAGGCUCAGUACUUAUGUCCAGUAUAUUUAGUCUCAACUUUAAAGAUAAACCAUCAUCUAUGAAAUUUUAAUGCAAAGGGAACUGACUGAAAAAUUUUAUGAUUUGCUUGGGCAGAUGUAUAUCUGUCUCAAGUUCAACUGCAAUUAAUGAAAGAUGCUUUGUAUUAAUUAUUAUCACUUCAUAUUAAA